CACGUGACCAUGUGGAUGUUAAUAUGGGUUAUGGAUCCUGUCAAAAGCCGAAACAAGCAGCUUUUACUCAUCGGUCACCUCUUACGCGUAGUUUACAUGCAGUGGAAAUAAUUGUAAGGACUCGUGGAUUGGAAACAUCAUGUCGUGGGUAAAAUCAGUGGUAUCCAGCGAGGAUGUCUUCGACGAGGAUGUGGAUGAUAUUAGUCUGCAAAGCAAAGAAUGGAAAUACAACAUGGAAAAACGCGCAAAGGAUGGUUUCAGAGAUGGAAGUGAUGCAGGGAAAGAAGCCUCACUGCAGGUUGGUUUCAACAUGGGUUACAGAGAAGGAGCCACAAGAAUGAGAGUCAUCGGUCAACUCAAAGGGAUCAUGAGUGCUAUGUGGUGCUGGUGUAAGGCUCAGCUGCCUGGAAGCCCAACUUUAGCAUCUGUUACAGAUCUUCUCCAGAGAGUGGAAACACAUGAAGACAGACUGGUGGAGGCCAUGAGAAAAGCCCAGGAAAGGCCUCCACCCAGUGUGACUGAGAUGGUGGAUAACAUGGAGGGCCUAAAUGUCGAGCAAAGAGACUGGGGUGGAGAAUCUGGCUGCUGCAACAAGAACGGGGACUGUUGUGGGAGACAUGGAGUGAAUGAGUGCUGUAGUAACAUAAAAGACAUGAGUGAAGACUCAUCAAGGUGUUCUUUCUCUACAGAAGAGAGUUAUGAACAGCUGCUGAAGAGCUGCUUGGACUUAGUAACAGAAUUGGGGCUGCCUGAAGUGCUAAAACUUCACAUUCAGCAGCUCACAGACACAUGAAGUGGAUCCAGGCCUGUCUGUGGUGAUCAUUGCAGCAGAAUAUGGGCGUCUGAUUAACAUCCUGUGUGGGCAGGAAGCAGGCUACAAGCAAAUUCUUGGAAAGAAAACAGACUGUUCAUUAGUUGACCUAAAUAGAUAGCAUACUUGAGGUGCAGUUUGUUUUUAUUUAAUUGCUGUGACAUUUUACAUUCUUUUGCUCAUCCGUACAAUAUGAAGAAUGCCAGAGCUACAGCAGUUGUUGAAUCCAAAUGCACUGUGAGAAGAGUUCCAGUUCAAUUAUAUUUGAACUGAUGUAUAAAAAUACUCAAAUACUUAGUUUCUCAAAAUAUAUUUUUGAUUGAUUUGCCAUGUACUGUGUAAUUUUGUGAUGGUACAUUAACAUGUCAUAUGUUCCUACCACUGUACAUAAAAAGUUGCUGAUAAUUAAAGCUAUUUACCCAAAAGCUUACUUCAAGCUAUUUAUCUUAAGUAAUUAUUAGCUAUUUAGUAAACACUACGUAUCGAAAGUUAAUAAGUCAUGCCGUUUUAAAAGUUAAUUUGGUUUGGAGAAUAAUUCAGAUACACACUAAUACUUAAACAGAGUUAUUUUUAAUGUCUAGUCAAUAGUAUUUGUAUAUCGCUUUUCACAAUACACUAUUGUUUAAAAGCAGCUUUACAAAAAAAAAAAAAAAAAAAAAAAAGAUUGUGCCUUAAUAACCCCAGUGUCCAAGCCAAAAGUGACCAUGGCAAGGAAAAAAAAAUCUACAUGUUUAGGUAGUGCAGUGAAGAAAAACCAUGGGAACAACCAGCCUCAACUGGGGGAGCCUAUGCUCUUCUGGUUAUUUGCGUAAUGUGCUUUCAUUGUUGUGAUGAAGUUAGCUCAGCAAAUUUCACCAAAUUGAUGAAUAAACACUUAUUUUUCUGCA